CUUUGACGCGCAGCAGCAGCAGCAGCAGCAGCAGGAUGGGAGCUUCCCAGACGCGCACCGAGCACAAGUACCAACACCUGGUGGAAAAAACCGGAUUUUCACUGGAGCAAAUAAAAAACCUUCAUAAAAGAUUCCAACACCUGAGUGGAAAUGAAGAGACAAUAAGCAGAGAAAACUUGAACAGCAUACCGGCGCUCGCCAACAACCCUAUCCGAAAGCAAAUUAUUGAGGCUUUCUUCGAUAAAAGGAACCAGCAUCAGAAUGAGGUGGGAUCCUUUGAGGAGAUCGGCUUUGAGCAGUUUCUCAUGGUCAUGUCCCACUUUCGACCUCCAACCCUGAAAACAACGGAGGAGGAGAAGCAGGAGCUGAGGAGAGAGAAGCUCCGCUUCCUGUUCAACAUGCACGACACGGACAAUGACGGCACCAUUACGCUGGAGGAGUACAGGAAGGUCGUAGAGGAACUCCUGUCCAAAAGUGGCGCCAUCGGGCAGGAGGCCGCCCGGGCGAUAGCGGACGCCGCCAUGUUGGAGGUGGCGAGCACAAAUGUGCCGCACAUGGAGCCGGAUGAUUUCUACGAAGGCAUCACGUUUGAGCAUUUCGAGCAGAUCUUAAAAGGCCUGGAGAUGGAGACCAGGAUGCACAUUCGCUUUCUGGACGUGGAUACAACAACAAUGCGUUGUGGGAAAUCGACCACUUAAAGAAACUUUUUUUUUUUUUUUUUCAAAAGAAAAAUGUUGAUGCUGCUGCUGUUUUUAGCAGAACCACUCUGGGCCUUAAAAGGAAUGAAGCUUUACUCUUUUUGAUAUGCACUAAUAUAUUUUUAGACUGAGGAAACUAAUUCUAAGAGCUAAUACACUAUAUUACUACAUUUUUAUAUAAAUGAUUUUGAAUUAAUUCAAUAUGUGAUUAGUUGAGGUGACUUUUAAAAAAAUCAAUUACGGAAUACCGCCCUCGCAGUUUCCGCAUAUUUUAUGAUCCUGAAAGUAUUAAGUGUUAGACAUUUCAGACGGCCGUGCGUGUGAAAUGAAGGCUUGUUCGAUCGGAAGGCUCUCGUGUCGGGUGGAGUCCGUCGUGCUGCGUGGCAUCGGUAGGACUUCUGUUAUGACUGACGUCCAGAGACUGCAGGCACUGCAUAGCAUUCCUGUGCAGCUCCAGAAUAGUUCCACUUUUCAUUUUUGUGCUCCCGUGAGAGUCUGUGUAACCAACCAGUUCCAAAGAGCCCACCGUUUCUGACACACUGUUUACACACACACAACGAUCGACGUGACAAAUUAUCGCACUAAACAAAUUCAAUUAAAGAUAUUAUGUAGGAAAUCUGUGUCUAAGACGUGUCUGGUAUUUUUCUUUUUUGAAUAUCCAUACAUAUCAACAAACACUUUUCACUACAAUCUAUAACCUGAAGAAAUAGGAGGAGGUCUGAUCAGCAAAAUAAGAACUGAAUAUAAAAACAAGCUACGUGAACUACCACUAUUCGAGACUGCAAAAAAAGUAUUUAGGAACAGAAUGACAUUUGGAAAUACAUGUUUAUUACGUGUCAUAGUAUGCUACAUUGUAGCAAAAUCACUUAUGUAUCUUUUGAUUUAUCUGUAUAAACUUUGUGCAACAUUUUGUUCAUGUUUAUACAUCAGAUUUGAGCCAACCAGGACCUGUGAAUGUCUUCACCUCUACCUCAGGCAAGCCUUUCAUCCAGCUGGAUUUUUA